AUGCUGCGCGCCCUGGCCCGCGCCCUGCGCCUAGCGCGCCCCCGGGGGCCCCUCCCGGCCCGCCGCUGCGCCUCGGCUGCCGCGGCCCGGGACCCCGAGAUCCAAGUGCGCGCCCUGGAGGGUCCCGACACAGGAAUCACCGAGAUCCUGAUGAACAGACCGCAGGCCCGAAAUGCCCUGGGAUACGUCUUUGUUAGCGAGCUGCGGGAGGCCCUGGCCCGGCUGCGGGAGGACCGGCAAGUGCGCGUCCUGCUCUUCCGGAGUGCAGUGGGGGGCGUGUUCUGCGCAGGUGCAGACCUGAAGGAGCGGGAGCAGAUGAGUGAGGCAGAGGUGGGGGUCUUUGUCCAGCGGCUCCGAGGCCUGAUGAAUGAGAUUGCGGCCUUCCCCGCACCCACCAUUGCAGCCAUGGAUGGGUACGCCUUGGGUGGAGGCCUGGAGCUUGCCCUGGCCUGUGACCUUCGCGUGGCAGCUUCCUCAGCUGUCAUGGGGCUGAUCGAGACCACCCGAGGGCUCCUCCCAGGAGCAGGAGGGACCCAGAGGCUGCCCCGGUGCCUGGGGGUGGCCCUGGCGAAGGAGCUCAUCUUCACAGGCCGACGGCUGAGCGGGACCCAGGCCCAGGCCCUGGGGCUGGUGAAUCACGCCGUGGCCCAGAACGAGGAGGGCAAUGCUGCCUACCACCGGGCACGGGAACUGGCCCGGGAGAUCCUGCCCCAGGCCCCCAUUGCUGUGCGGCUGGGCAAAGUGGCCAUUGAUCGAGGAACGGAGGUGGACAUCGCAUCGGGGAUGGCCAUUGAAGGGAUGUGCUAUGCCCAGAACAUCCCCACCCGGGACCGGCGAGAGGGCAUGGCCGCCUUCAGGGAGAAACGACCCCCUCGAUUUGUGGGCGAGUAA